CUCUCUCUCUCUCUCUCCCGCUCCUCGUCGUCUCCCACGCACGCACGCCACGCCACGCCUCUCCUCCUCCAGAUCCGGUCCGCCGCGCCGGCGAUGGGCGAAGAUCCGGCGGGGUCCCGCCGCUGGCGGUGUGACCCGGGCGAGGAGCACGGGUGGAACCCCGCCGCUGGCGACGACCACUUCGACCGCCUCCCCGACCCGCUCCUGCUCGUCAUCUUCAACCGCAUCGGCGACGUCAAGGCGCUCGGCCGCUGCUCCCUCGUCUCCCGCCGCUUCCACGACCUCGUCCCCCUCGUGGACUCCGUGCUGGUGCGCGUCGACUGCGUCAUCCCCGACGACCCCGCGUCCUCGGCGGCGGCGGCGUCGUCCUCGCCGUCCGCGCCCUGCUCACCUACGGCGUCCGCGCGCGCGCGCACCGUGUUCUCCCAGAUCGCGCGCAUCGUGCUCGGUGGCAUCGUCAAGCCCAUCCAGGCGCUCGGCCAGAUACUCUCCCCCGCCAACUCCACCUCCGUCUUCGCAGCAUCCGUACCUGCCGCCGCAGCCUCCUCCUCCUCCUCCCGCUGCCGCUCCUCCCCCUCGUCGUCCUCCUCCUCUUCGCUGCCGCUGCCCGGGGACGUGUCGCACCACUCGCCCUCAGAGGUGCUCCGCUCCUUCAAGGAGCUACGCCGCCUGCGCAUCGAGCUCCCGGCCGGCGAGCUCAGCAUGGACGAAGGCGUGCUGCUGAAGUGGAAGGCUGACUUCGGGUCCACGCUCGGCAGCUGCGUCAUCCUCGGCGCCUCCUCUGCCGGCAAGGACGGUGCUGGGGCAGCUCCUGCUGUUGACUGUGGCGAGUCCGACGAGACAGGGAGCAUUCCGGAAUCGUUCUACACCAACGGUGGGCUGAAGCUGCGGGUGGUGUGGACCAUCAGCUCGCUGAUUGCAGCGUCGGCGCGGCAUUACUUGCUGCAGCCGAUCAUUGCCGACCACGCGACGCUGGAGAGCUUGGACCUGACCGAUGCGGAUGGGCAGGGAGUGCUCACCAUGGACAAGUGGCAGCUGCAGGAGCUGCGGGUGAAGCCUGUAUCAGCAUCUGGGGGCUCACACAGGACGCUGAUGCCAGCCCUUAGCAUGCGCCUGUGGUACGCACCUCACAUCGAGCUUCCUGGUGGGCUGGUGCUGAAUGGAGCGACAUUGGUAGCCAUUAAGCCGAGCGAGGAGGCAUCAAGGGACACGGUUGGCGGUGGGAUUGCUGGGUCUGCAGGUGGGUGCUGGGUUUCAGAUGCUUUUGAGGAGCCGUAUCGGUCAGCAGUGAGGAUGCUCCUGAAGCGGAGGACAUAUAGCCUUGAGAUGAACUCGUUCUAAGCUGAUGGCAAUUUGGAAGUCCUAUCGGUGAGGAUGUUAAUUUAUUCCCAGUUGCAACUCGAAGUACUACGCGGCAUAAGAAAUGGAGUAGAAGUUCACUGGCUGCCUGUUUUACUCCGGCCCACAUCUACCCAGACAUGCUGCAAGUUUUUAUUAGUGUAUUCCUGCUCUUGAGCAUCUGUCAGCACGGACCUAAACGGGCUCUUGCAACUGAUGGUGAAGAUCGUCGAUCGAGAAGCCGAACAUUCAUCUUUAUGUUGGAAUUGCCGGGCAGCUCGCUGUUGAGCUUGUUGUUUGCCCCUUUGAGGAAGAAGGAUGUUGGUAGCACGGAUAAUUUGUGCCAUGCCAAGCAGCUUAUUACUAAGUGCUAACCCUAUUUUACCUUCCAGUACUUGGAAAUCCUGUACCGUACUUUUUGCAGAGAAGUUUGUAGUUACAUGCGAGGUUACUCUGUUUCUGUACAUCCAAGUGCUCAAGCAUGCAUCGUUGAGUUAAUUUUUCCGAUUACCGCAACGAUAUUUCUCGUUCUCUGCAUUUUCUUCUUGCUGCUCCAUGCCUCGAGAAAAUUGCAGUUUUGACAGCCUAAACAAGACGUUUUGCAAUUAUAGGAC